AACAAAAGUAAUCGAUAAAUUAAUUCACCAACUGCAGCAUUUUUCGUGAAAAUUUGUUUUGAUUUGAGAAUUUUUGACUAACCGUGAAUAUCCGAGCCCGUUGCAAAUGGGUUCAAAGCGACGCAACAUCGAGGACGAGCUCUCCCGCUUCGAGGCGGAGAUCUCUAAGCCGCCCGCCCGAAACCUCUUCGUGCCGAACCAGGUGCGUCCCAUCAUCGCCGCCAACACGUACCACAACGUGCAGAACAAGUUGCAGCACCACCACGGGAAUGGAGGAUCUCGACUGACCGUGCCCCCGCCACCGAUCCCGCCGCCACCCACCUUCAUGUCCACCUUUGUGCCCACGGGCAGUGGGGGCGGCUCAUCCUCCAGCUCCAAGCCGAUCUCAGCAACGCCCGUGGUCCUGAGCAGUGCCCCAAAGCUGUACCAGUGUCGACAGUCGGUGCACGUGCCCACAGUAGCCGCAGCACCAUCCAUCGACAUCAACGCCGUGUCCUUCGAUGUGACGCAGAAGCUGAAGAAGCUCAAGGCGGAGAAGUCCGGCCCCAAUCCCAUUGCAGAAGAGGCCAUCAAGGCUGCUCGCGCCUCUUCGGCACUGCAGUCCUUCCAGACGACGGAGCGCAAGAAGAAAGACCGGAAAACCGUAAGGAUCGCAGGUGGCAGCGUUUGGGAAGACUCCUCCCUGGCUGACUGGCCCGACGAUGACUUUCGCAUCUUCUGCGGCGACCUGGGAAACGACGUGAACGACGAGGUGCUGACCCGGACCUUCAACAAGUUUCCCUCGUUCCAGCGAGCUCGUGUGGUGCGCGACAAGCGGACGGGCAAGAGCAAGGGAUUCGGCUUCGUCAGCUUCCGGGAACCGGCCGACUUUAUACGGGCCAUGAAGGAGAUGGACGGACGCUAUGUGGGCAGUCGGCCCAUCAAGCUGCGCAAAAGCACUUGGCGACAACGCAGCCUGGACGUAGUCAAGAAAAAGGAGCGCGAGAAACAGGUGCUGCUGCAGGCGUUUAACUCCAUGAACUGAAUCUGCGCGUGCAUACCCUGUCCUUUAGGCUAGUUUCGGUCACUUUGAAGUAGCAAAUUUGUUUUGGAUGUUGCUGCCAAAGAUGAGCAAUAAAUUUACGUUUAGCAAUUGA